GAGACAUGCUGAGAAGAUCCAUCUCUUCCCUCUCACCCAGAUUCGUAGCGCGAACAAUGAGCACCGCUCUGCCAUUCCCCGAGCUGCCCAAGACGGACCAAGGCAAGAGGAUAUGUCAGGUCGUCAAGGUCAGACCAGAGAGGUUGGACGAGUACAAAGAGGUGCAUGCGAAUGUUUGGCCUGAAGUGCUCGGGGCAUUGAGGCAAGCGCACGUUGUCGACUACUCGAUACACUACUUUGAGCCCCACAACCUCCUGAUUGCCCACAUGCGCUACAUCGGCAAAGACUAUGAAGCAGACAUGCGGGGCAUUGCAGAGAAUGAAGUUACCAAGCGGUGGUGGCAGCUGACAGAUGGAAUGCAAGAGAGCUUUGUGCCCGGCGCCACGGGCUCCGAGAGUGGUCCAGGAUGGUGGACCAACGCUGAAGAAGUAUUCAGGAUGGAGGGGUAGAUUUGAAGCUGUACUCUACAUCUGUUACAUUGUGACAUCUAUAUACG